CACCUAUUCUCGCCUCUCUCUCUCUCUCGCUCUCUCUCUCUCUCUCGCGUCCGGAUCAAUCGAACGGUCGCGAUGAAGUCUGAUGGAGUUUCGUUGUAGAAAAUGAGAGUUUGGCAGCUCGUUUCCAGAUCUAAUGGAGUAGUUGAGAGUUAGGGUUUAGAUCAGGAAAUCGCUAUUUUUCGCUGUCGUUUUCGUUGCCGUAUAGCGAUGAAUCGGAGUUUCAGGGCUGCAGAGUCGCAAAUGCAAGCGCCCGUACAGCAGCAGAGGCAAGGGAGGAGCCUUGGAGCUGUGAUGAAGGACAAGGAAGAGGAUCUUGCGUUGUUUCUCGAGAUGCGGAAGCGCGAGAAGGAGCGGAAUAGCUUGCUCCUCCUCCACACCUCCGAAGAUUUCGAUCCUCCUUUAGGGUCGAAACCAGGCGGUUCUCCCAUAUUCAAGAUAGUGUCAUCAACACCACGUAAAACUGCUUCUGAUGACUUCCUAAACACCGACAGCGAGAAAAAUGAUUAUGAUUGGUAAUGUUAUACAGCGUCUCAUCCACUUACUAAGGAAUGCUGAAAAACAUUGAUGAUAAGGAAUAUUUGGGUGCACCACCAAGUUGUGGUUGGCAGGGCUUCCAAAGUGCAGUCAGUACAUUUGGUACUUGGGAAGAACCCAUUAAUCAUGUUAGCAUUUCCCACCUUUCCUUCCCCAAUCACAACUGAGGUGUCAUUCUUAUCUCAUAAUUUGGCAGCAGCAUCUUAUCGGCCUGGGAAUCAGAUCGCCCAGAUUUCCCCUAACAUCAAGAGUUCUGGCAGGUUUUUUGUUGUAAAAAUUGAGUUGCAAACCGUAACGCACAUUAUUUUA